UAAAACAAGCCACUUACAAAAACUAUACGUAUACGAAGUCCUAGUUGCUCAUAUGGGUAUUCCUCAUGAGAUCUCACGAAUUAGCAACCAAGUAGAAACCUCAAAUCCGUCUACAGAACCCUCCUUUAUAUUGAACCAAAAUACAAUAAUGAGUAGUACUUCAGCUUCUCGUGUUGCCGGUAGCGAGACUUCUAAUCAACCGAGUUCAACGACAACCACCCCUAGGGGACAGCAAAUAGUUGCUAGGUCGUCAAUAUUAUCACCUAUUCAAAAUUCUUCGCGCUCUACGGCCUCGAGACGUGUCAGACGAAAUUGGUGGGGAUACAUAGUGGAGAAUUUUAGAUCUAUCUCUAGAACCUCGAAAGUGUUAUUAAUACUGUCAUUAGCAAUGGUGCUCGUACAGGUUGUUGUCACAAUCGUUAUUAUGAUAGUAUCACAAGGAAAACCAUGCGACCGGCAGCUGCGUCUUUUUCUUAUACUUUAUAUUGUAAGAGUGGUUAUCGCAUGUCCGGUGAAUGUUUAUUUGUAUUUAAAUCCGAGGGAUAAUAGACGCAGACGUGACGAACAAAAUCAGGAAGCUAACAAUGAGAAUAUGAGAAGAGAGGGUACUUGGAUUGACAAACUAAAAUCUUGUUUAGAUCUUUUUGCUACACUCUGGUUUAUCGUUGGAAACUAUCUUCUCUUUACCUCCGUUACCUGUCAGAGCACUGCUCCCGAAAUUUUCUUCCUUUCUUUAACAUGGGUCGUCCUAGGAUACAUUAUAAUAACCAUUCCAAUAUUACUUUGUCUCGCUGUGAUAUUUUGUUUACCCUGUGUAUUAGUGGCAAUGAGAGUACUUCAUGUCGGAGAGGCUUCUGGUAUCAGCGGAGCUAGUAUGGAUGUUAUUCAGAAAAUUCCCUUGGUGAAGUUUAAAGCCACACACCACGAGGGCGAUUCUGAUGGGCAAAGCACUCAACAAUCGCCGACCGAUACAGUUGUUCUAGUAUUAUCUGAACCACAAUCAGAACACCAACCAUCACCUCCACCUCACGAAAAGUCACGGUUUAAAAAUCUCUUUGGAAAAGGAUCGACUCGUCCUCCUCCGACCCAACCGCAAUUUCUCACAAUAUCAAACCCUGACGAUGCUGUAUGUUCCAUUUGUCUUUCAUCAUAUGAAGAUGGUGAAGAACUGCGACAUUUGUGGUGUUCGCAUCAUUUUCAUAAGGAUUGUGUCGACGAAUGGCUAAGUUUAAAUAGAAGGUGCCCAAUGUGCCGUAUGGAUGUAGUUGAAAUGGAAGAACAACAUAGUAAGGGGAAAAGUCCUGCGAAUAGUAAUAAUGAUGAUGAUGCUGGUGAGGGCAGUAGCAAUAGCACUGGUGGAGGGAUAGGGUAG